CCAUAAAUGUGCCUAUCUUGCCACCUGUGUAGGAUUUUAAAGAAACAGAGGAACAACUACAACAAAAUGUGCAGAGGAAAUGGUGAAAAUUGUGCCACCAAUCUACAAAUAUCAAACAUCUCUCACGAGAACCGUUUGGAAAUUCCAGUAGACCAACUGAUGCUGGAACUUAGUUUGUCAGAGAAAGCUCAGAAAAGAAAACAGAAUAGUAAACGAGACCUAUUUCAGUUAUGGAGUUAUCCUCUAAAUGAAGGGAAUACCAAUACCAUGGAGAGCAGGGAUUUCCAACUGUCUUCAGUAAACACUGGCUUUAAUAUAACCAGUACUCCCAUAAGGCUCUUCACUCUGAACCACUCACUAACGCCAAGUGCUGCAGUUGAGAAACAAGUUGACUCUUACCCUGGACUGCUGCAACAGGUGUCACUAGGUCUCUGCUGGCCGUACGCAGAUGGAGACUUUUUUGACGACAGAAAUGAACUUCAGAUGAAUUUAUGUUCGGCUACAGAAAGCAGCAGUUGUGACACUCUGUCUGCUUUCCAUGGGAAUUUUAAAUAUGGAAAUAGCAAUGUGGAGGAAAAUUUAACAGAUGAAAGCGACUUAUCAGAAAGCGAAAAAGCAAAUGAGACUUUGCUCAGCUAUUUUAAAACAAUGGACCUGAACUUAAAGCCAGAAACAAUAGAAAACUUUGAGGACGCUUUCACAGAGGAGCCAAGUGAAGUCUUCCCAUACCCUGAUUUUCUCCCUCCACCUUUCAAUACUGUAGACUUGUACAAAUUAGCCCUGUCAAAAUCUGAAAAUUGGAAAGCAGGGCUUGAACCUUCAGACAGCUCUGUUGAGCACUUGAUAACUCGUUUACUGGAAAUGGAACGACUACAGCACGUGACGAUACAAAAAGAGAAGAGACUACAAGCUAACUUAAGUCCUCCGAUAGUUCCUGAACGCCCGUCCUCCUCCAAAGCUGCACCUCAAGCGAGGCAGCCAAAACUUUCUGACUCUUUGAAUCUUCAGGCACUCUGUGUGGAUAAAAAUAGGGAGAAAAGAAAAAACACUUCUAGUUCGUGCAAACUUGAACAAAGUGCUUCAAAAUGGAACUGGAAUAAUGCUGCAAAGUAUAGAUGGAAUUCUAGGCCAACAUCUCUAAAAAGUUCAUCCACUAAAAAACAGCUGAUUGCAACUUAUGAUGACUUUAAGAAUCCCAAAAGCUCUAUUUUAAAUCUAUGCCAAGAACUCUCAACAAAGGCUGGUAGUGCCCAAACAACUCAAUCACUGGUUAAAAUGGUCUCAACAAGAUGUCUUCCAACAAGGUCCCCAAUACCAAUUUCACCCAUACCCCUGUCUUUUCCCGAAAAUCUGAGAGAAGAAAUUAAGCCAGCAAGAACCAAAAAGAAACUUUAUCAAAGAAAUAUAGUACUGAAUAGACCAUUCUAUUUUCAAAAGCUAAACUGUCUAUCACCUUCAUUUAUAACUAAAGAUAACUAUUCACCCAUUAGCCCAAAAUAACCUUUCCUAGAUACAUCUCACUUUCAGCUAACCGAUUUCUAGAAGCCUUGCUAAAAUAUGGUUCACCAUUCUGAGAAACAAGUAUUUAAAACACACACACACACAAGACCAUUGCUUCAAGUGAUAUGGAGCGGACUUUGUGAAAAUUAUUGCUAAGAUAACUUUAUAUAAAUCCAAGGGCUUCUAUAAUGACAUAUUUGACCAUCUUUUUUGCAUGUUAUAUUUCAAAAAAAUGUUUCAACUAG